AUCUUCCUGUGCUCCGACCCAGCUGUGCCAGAACCAGCACCACGUACGGAACCCUCCUGGUGUUUUAAUCUCUGGACAUCACUGAACACUACACGAAGAUUGAUGGGGAGCCAUUUGUUAAAGUGAGAGCAAAACGCUUUAAUGCACCUUUAUUCCUCAUGUAAAUCCAACAGUUGCAAGAUGGAGCUCCUGGCUGAACCAAGGCAGGACGUGAGAUGAAGUUUGACAGCGCCACUCCACCUUUAUUUUCAGCUCUCACAAGAUGAUACUCUCCUGAAUGGAAGGUUGAGUGGGAGGUGAAGCUCUCUGGCACGCAAGGCUCCAUCUAAUAAACACAGGGUUCCCGGACAAGUUUCCCGUUGACAUGGAUGUCGGAGAGCUUCUGCGAUAUCAGCCUGAUCGAGGCGCAGGUCGUAACAGAGAUGAUGACGGGGGAGCAGAUGAUGACGUGAAGUCAGCGAAACAGCCGAGGCUAUACCUGCCUCGAGAGCAGGCCAGACUCAGAGCAGCAGCAGCAGCAGCACUGGAUGGAGGUGCCGAAAUGAGGGACUCUGAGGAACCAGAUGGAAAGAAGAUCCUGGAGAAACUGAGGGACCAGGAUGAAGAUGAUCCUGAGGCUGAGCCGGUGGACGAGAGCUCGGUGAAAAAAAUGAUCCUGACGUUUGAGAAAAGGUCGUACAAGAACCAGGAACUGAGAAUCAAGUUUCCUGAUAACCCAGAGAAGUUCAUGGAGUCCGAGCUUGAUCUGAAUGACAUCAUUCAGGAAAUGCAUGUUAUCGCCACCAUGCCCGACCUCUACCACCUGCUGGUGGAGCUCAACUCCGUCCACUCACUGCUGGGGCUCCUGAGCCACGAAAACUCUGAUGUGGCCAUCGCUGUGGUGGACUUGCUGCAGGAGCUGACCGAUAUUGACACGCUCCAUGAGAGUGAGGAAGGAGCAGAGGUACUCAUCGAUGCUCUGCUGGAGGGGCAGGUGGUGGCGCUGCUGGUGCAGAACAUGGAGCGGCUGGACGAGCAGGUGAAAGAGGAGGGUGACGGCAUCUACAACACUCUGGCAAUAAUCGAGAACAUGGCAGAGUUCCGACCUGGUCUGUGCACGGAAGCUGCUCAGCAGGGACUCAUGCAGUGGCUGCUCAAGAGAAUCAAGGCCAAGAUGCCGUUUGAAUCCAACAAACUGUACUGCAGUGAGAUUUUGGCCAUUUUGUUGCAAAACAAUGAUGCCAACAGAGAAUUGCUGGGAGAGAUGGACGGCAUUGACGUUCUGCUGCAGCAACUUUCUGUGUUCAAACGUCACAACCCGUCGACAGCCGAGGAGCAGGAGAUGAUGGAGAACUUGUUUGACGCUCUGUGUUCAUGCCUCAUGCUGCCUGCCAACAGAGACCGAUUCCUCAAAGGAGAAGGACUGCAGCUCAUGAACCUCAUGCUGCGAGAGAAGAAAAUGUCUCGCACCAGUGCUCUCAAAGUCCUAGACCAUGGAAUGAUUGGACCUGAGGGAGCGGAUAAUUGCCACAAGUUCGUGGACAUCCUGGGCCUGCGGACAAUAUUCCCCCUUUUCAUGAAAACACCAAAGAAGAUGAAGAAAACAGGAACGUCUGAGAAGGAGCAUGAAGAACAUGUCUGCUCCAUCAUCGCCUCCAUGCUGAGAAACCUCAAGUCCCAGCAGAGAAGCAGACUCCUCACUAAGUUCACAGAGAACGACUGCGAGAAGGUUGAUCGACUGAUGGAGUUGCAUUUUAAGUACCUGGAGGCUGUUCAACAAGCCGACAAGAGGAUCGAAGGAGAGAAACAUGAGAUGGUGCGGCGGGGCGAGAUCCUGGACGACAACAUGGAGGACGAGUUCUACCUGCGACGCCUGGACGCCGGCCUCUUCGUGCUGCAGCUCAUCUGCUACAUCAUGGUGGAGAUCAGCAACUCUGGGAUUGCUCAGCUGCAGCAGAGAGUUCAUCAGAUCCUCAACCUGAGAGGAGGGUCGGUCAAGGUGGUGCGGCACAUUAUGAGAGAAUAUGCCGAGAGCAUCGGGGAUGGAAAGAGCGACGAGUUCAAAGAGGCGGAGAGAAAGAGGGUGAUGGAGCUUGUGGAGAGCUUCUAGAUGUAGUUGCUUCCUGGACUUUCUUGUACAUGUGGGACUCAAGUGGGUUAGCUGUUCCUUCAGUGUGUCCUUGUGAAGGUCUUGAUAUUUUCUAAUAAACCUUUGUU